AUUUUUUUGUGUAAUAUAAUUUAUUUGAAAUGUAAAAUAUAAGAUGAUAGGGAGAUUGCACAGGCAAAAUAGUUUCGGGCCUCCCGAAAAGAAGAGUACUCUGGUCAUUUCCAGAGCUAUGGAAUUUAAAAUCUUAGAAGGAGAAUCGUCCAUUCCAAACGCCUCUCCGGUAGUUUUAGAAAGUAUAAAUAAAAGUUUGGAUUCCUUAAUAGUCUCACAUAGAGGAACUAAACGCGUGGUUUACGACUUACCAAAUUUUGUCAAUAAUAUUGUUAUAUCGCAUUGUGAUUUAUCAGACAAGGAGUUAAUUGAUAAGCGUUAUGGAGAAUAUUUUGAUGGAUAUUCCCUGGCGAAUAACGUCCAGUACAUUCCCGUGGAGAUUGAGUGUUUAACUAACUUGAGCCCUGAACUCAGUAAGUCUAUUCUGGCUCUUUUCGUAUCGAUAAUUUUUGAUUAUAUAAGUGAAGAUAAGAACUUAAACGAGCCUGAGCUGAUUAAAUGGGGAACUACAUUCCUUCAGAGAAUGGGAAAGAUACUAAACCUAACUGAAGUUGAAGUUUCCUCAAUUAUAAAACCCGUUUCUCAGAGUCUGGAGCUUAAACAGCUCGGAAUGAACUUCGAUGAUUUGAAACUCGAGAAACGGAUCCAUGUAAACUAUAUCCAGGAACACCUCAGACCCAUGCAGGAUAGCAUUAACGAUUUCUUCAAACAGGCUAUAGGUACUGAUGACAAUGAGUCUGAUUUUACGAAUGAGUUUGCUCAAAGUGAAACACACAAUCCUCCAGACCAGCAAGAUUUAUUAUAUGAUGAUCCUGAAGAUCAGGAUUUUUUACAAUAUAUCACAGAUAAUAAGCAUCUGUCACAAUAUGUACAAGAUAAUCAACAUGUACUUCAGCAUUCCCAAGACGAAAAUCCACCUCAAAAUUUGCCUCAAAAUUUAUCACAAGAUAUAUCAGAUAAUGAGGAUUUAUUUCAGGAUGAUUUAGAGGUUGAUGAUCAGGAAAAGGAGGAAGAGGAGUGUUUUAAGAGGAAUUUCAUAGAAAAUUACCGUCCCGAUGAUAAGUCAUCAGUUGAUAGUAAUUCGUUGCCUGAAGUUUUAAACACUUUUGAUCCACUUUUACCGAAAGAACCUACUGAUUCUGACACUAUAAAUCAAGAACAUUUUAAUUUCAAUCCUGAUUUAAAUUUCAAUAAUGAUAGUGUAAAUUCUGAUUUUGAUUUGAAGACUGUUGAUGUCAAUAACACUGAUUUAAAUAGAGCUGACUUAAAUAAUAUUGAUUUAAAUUCGAAUACAGAUGAUAUAAAUCCCAAUCCUGAACCGGUUGAUAUGAACAUUAACGUUGCUUUAUCGAAUUUAAGUUCAAGUUCUGGAACUGAACUGGAUACUGAUGAACUAGAACAAGAGGCUGACGAUUUACUUAGAGACCUGGAAAAGUCACUUGUACACAAAUCUGGGCCUUCAAAUGUGGAUUAUGAAAGUUUGUUGAAUGACAUGUCGAAUUUAAACUUGCCUCCAAAGAAGAAUAAGAGUCUCCCUUCUAAGAUUUUGGGGAAUAUUUCAAAGAAGAUUAACAUGGUCUUUUCCAUAAACUCCGAUAAACCGGGUAAAUUCACAUAUAAAUCCUCCAUUGAAAGUAGUCGUUCAUAUCCCAAUCAAGAUUAUCUGAAUAACUUGCUGCUUAUUGAGAAGUCGCCGGACGUGGUGGCCGUCUUGGUCAGAAAUUUGUUGUUGAAGUAUAUAAUAUCGGGAUUUAACGACUCAAGAGCCCAGGUGGUUUUUUCCAAAUUUGCUAACCUGCUAGGAGUGACAACAGCAAGUGUUUUGAGCAUACAGAACAACAUCGUGUCAGAUUUGGCAGGUAUUCUGGACGUUAAUGCACACAAGACCUCGAGUAAGAAGGUGAGUAAGAGGCUUAAGAUCCUAAGCGCAACCGUGGGAGGAACAGCACUGCUUGCACUAACAGCAGGAGUGGCGUCACCAGUUCUUGCAGUGGGAAUAGCAUUUCUAGGACUCUCAGGCACAGGAUUCUCAACGUACCUGAGCUCAAACGAAGGGUUUAACUUUUUGAAGAAUAUCUUCGGCCUGAACGUGUCUUUGACGCAGUUUAAGCCGAAGCGGGAGCUGAUGACAAAUCUCCAGUUCAUACAAAUGAACCCAAACACAUUCAGAGACUCUCUCAAUGAUCAUGAGAGCUCCCAUUAUUCAUCGGGCAGGGAAUCGACCAGGAAUGAGAAGGAGGAGGUUAACAGUAACUAUAUUGGCAUUUGCAUUUGUGUAGGGAAUAAUGUGUUCCUAAACGAGAUUUUCUUCUUUGAGAAUGAAACAAUUGACUUUAAAUCUUCGGAAACCAUUAGACACUUUGAUUCUGAGUAUAUUGACAUUUGGAGACGUCAGUUCCCAGUCCCAAUCAAUGACUUGUAUCUACUAAAGUGGGAAUCCAAACUUCUGGCCUCACUGCACAGAAUGCUCCUCAAACUCACAUCGCUAUCAAUAUACCAGAAAUCCCUGGAACUUUACAGAACUAUAAACAACUCAGUUUAUGUCACACACUAUAAUCCCACCGAUUUUCUAGUCAACAACGAUUUGGUUGAAACUGGCAGUAUGGUUCAGGUGGACACUGUUCGGGAUAGUAGUGGGGGGAAUCGCUACUUCAGCAAUGAAGGCAGCAGCGGCAACUAUUACUCAAGUCCAAAUCGUAACUCGCCCACCAUUUCACCCACGAAGCCCCAGGAUAGGGACUCCGGUUCAUCCAAAUUUGACCCUUACGGCAACAAGAGUAUCAAUAACAUUAACUGGCCCCUUGGUUUAAUACAGCUGUGCAGUAAUUUAGACAACUGCUGGCUUGUGUGCAGGAGCAGAGCUGAGGUUUGUGGCAGUUUGCUGGCAACAGCAAUUUGUGAUAAACUUCUCACUGGUGACCGGCACGUGUCCCUGAUUGGCUACUCCAUGGGGGCUAGAGCCAUUUUAUAUUGUCUGCUUAAGCUCUUUGAACGCAACAAGCUUAACACUGUUAAGGAUGUUGUUCUCAUGGGUUUGCCCAGCACUGCAGGCUAUGCUGAGUGGAACAAAUGUUCCUCAGUUGUCGCUGGUCGUCUCAUUAAUGUUUAUAACGAAAAUGACUGGAUUCUUGCGUUUCUUUAUCGGUACACUUCAAUUCACAAGGUUGCCGGUCUCGCUCCUGUGGUUCACGAAAAGGUUGAAAAUUUUAAUGUCUGUAACCUUUUCGACAGUCACGCCGACUAUUUUGAGAACAUUUCAAAAAUUCUUUCAUUUCUCAAUAUCCAACUCUAA